GCUCAGAGGAACCAGUCCGGCCUGGACGCGCACCGAGCCCCGCGGAGUGGCAGCCACAGACGUCGAGUUCGCGCAAUAUCCACGUUCGUUUUUACCACCAGACGCGGAUCCGGAGUGAACUUCAAGGACGGAUUCUUGAGGUUUACUCGAAGACUGGAAGCACCCUCUCUCUCUCAAUAUAAUGCGGGGACAACGGGAAGAGUCGCAGCCGAACGAUCUCGCUCCCGAGGUGCUCAAGGAAAAUGCGGCGCGAUCGCGAAAGAGGAAGGCAGAUGUUGCCAUUCAUUUGCAUGAUCUGGAUGAGGAGGUGGCAGAGUUCACCAAGAAGAAGCAGCGGAACUGUGAGCCGGACUGGAGUCCUGAUACCAGUUACACAAGUCCGCACAGGUGUAUCCCCACGCCGGAUCAGGAGGAGGACCAGUCGGUCACCCUGAUCAACGCAGGCUUCCCCCACUACAGCGUCAACAACAUUUUUGCCACGCCUGUGCGCUGCGCUCCUCUCCCUGCGCUGUGCUGGGCCAGUAAGGAUGUCGUCUGGGGCAACAUGUUGGCCAAAGACAGGACCUACACCAGGGACGUCCACAUGAUGGAGAAGCAUCCCCACCUCCUGCCCAAGAUGAGGGCGAUUCUCCUGGACUGGCUCAUGGAGGUCAGCGAGGUUUAUAAACUACACAGGGAGACGUACCACCUUGCUCAGGACUACUUUGAUCGUUUCAUGGCCACACAGACGAACGUCUUCAAAUCGACGCUGCAGCUCAUAGGCAUCACCUGCCUCUUCAUCGCCGCCAAAGUAGAGGAGAUGUAUCCACCCAAGCUGCAUCAGUUCGCCUAUGUGACAGACGAAGCAUGCACCGAAGACGAGAUCCUCAGUAUGGAAAUCAUUAUCAUGAAGGAGCUGAACUGGAGUCUCAGCCCACAGACUCCCAUCUCCUGGCUCAGUGUUUAUAUGCAGGUGGCCUAUCUGAAAAAGACAGAUGAGCUGCUCAUCCCCACAUACCCUCAGGCUACAUUCAUACAGAUAGCAGAGUUGUUGGACCUGUGUAUGCUGGACGUGCGCUGCCUGGAGUUUUCUUAUGGGGUUCUUGCUGCUUCCGCCCUGUUUCACUUCUCUUCUCUGGAACUGGUGGAAAAUGUUUCAGCGCUGAAGCGGGUGGAGGUGGAGGAGUGCGUGAGGUGGAUGGUGCCGUUUGCCACGGCGCUGCGGGAGAUCGGGGGGUCACAGAUUAAAACCUUUGCAGGAGUCUCGGCAGACGACAUGCACAACAUCCAGACCCACGCUGCUUAUCUUAAAUGGCUGGACAAGGCCUACUCCUACCCGGGCGUGGAACUGGACCGUCACAGCAGCUGCCCCGUUCCUUCAGGCUUCCUGACGCCACCUCUGAGCAGCGAGAAAACCGAGGACUUGGUCAGAGUAAAUUCUGCAGCAAUGAAAAUCUGAGGACGUGUUCUCCAGAGCGGGGACGCGAACGCAGAAACUGCCGAGACACUGCUGCGAUUCCUAAUUAGAUUUUCUGUCAAAGCGGUGAGGGGAUGAACUCCCUGUACUGCCCCUCAGGUGUGUUGACUCUGAACAGCACGACCUCUACAGUACCAGUACGCACACAGUGGUGUCCAGCAGGGGGACACUGAUUGAAAGGAGGAAAUACCAUUUGCAUUGAGUGUUGCUGGUUACUUGGCUCCCCUUGCUUUUAAAGGUGCACACACUGACUUGAAAUAAAUUGGGAUCAUCCCAGAUGAUUAUAUGGACACUAUCCCACAGGAACCUCACCAACUGUCCGGUUUGGAUGAAAAGGCAAACACAGGGCCAGUAGGGAUGGGGCAGCCCAGCGGGGCCAUGCUUGUUUUUGUUCAUGUGUUUGUUUGCUUUUUUUUAAUAGUAUUGCACCCAAAUGUGUGUGUGUGUGUGUGUGUGUAAAUAACCAGCCACCUCUUAGUGGUUGCCAUUUUAAUUUUCUAUGCAGAGACCAAAUUGGGUGGAUGUUGUUUGGAGCCUCUAUGUGAUUGGGCGUUUGUGUUUGUGUUUUUGUUUUUUUUAAUUAUAUUAGUGGCCUCAUUAGCCCAAAACUAUUGUUAGGGCCAUGUUUGGCUCUAUGUGCUGCUACAAAGUGGGCUUUGCAUGAUGGUGUGUGAGUGAGUGAGAGACAGUGUUUUAUUAAUUUUGGUUCUACUUCAGCCAUUGUGUUCGUCAAAACAUGGCCACGUGUGUUUUUUUUUUUCUUGGAGCGUAAAUGGACAAGUGAACCGGACAGGCUUCAGAAGCUGAAUUAUUGAUUGUAUUUAACUGUUAUUUUUAUGCUAGCCAGCUAAUUGUUUACCCAUUAACACCAAAAUGUAAGAUUUCUAUGGGUUUUUUAAAUAAAUGCUGCUAAAUAUUUUCCAUUAA